UUGAAACCGGUUUGUUCAUUCGAAUAGUACAAGUAUGCUUUAAAGCCUUUCGCACUGCAGUGACGAUUAGCCGUCAGUCGAAAGCAGUCUUUGUUUGUUUUGUCUCUAUAAUGAGCAUUUUUUUCCUUUUGCUGCUAGCCAGCGUAACACAGUGUAAAGAAUUUUUAGACGAUCCUCCUUCAGAUUAUGUCACUGGAAAAGGAUUUGCAGAUUGCGCAAGUCGUUUUUCUGCAACGUGGAGAAUUCCAGUCACCGAAGCGCUCGGAGGAAUACGAGCUUUUCAAGGAGAGUUUCAACAUAUGGCCGCCAUCGGAUGGACUAGGUCCGACGGGAGAAUUGAUUACCUAUGCGGCGGAAGUUUGAUAACAUGGAGAUUUAUCUUGACCGCGGCUCAUUGUGCUGUAGAUGGAAACAACAUCGCACCAGACACCACACGUUUGGGGGAUACGGAUCUCGGCAGCACUGAUGAUGAUGAAUUUGCACAGCAAGUAGCAAUCGAACAGAUCACCAAACAUCCCCAAUAUCGCCAAUCGAGAAGGUACUACGAUAUCGCGCUUAUCGAACUCGCAAAGAACGUCGUACCGGACGAUGCGGUGUGUGUUGCAUGUGUAUGGCGGGAGUCGAGCGCUCCUAGUGAAUUGCUUGAAGCGGUAGGCUUUGGCGCACUAGGAUUUGGGGAGAUGUUAAGUCCCACCUUGCAGAAGGUAAAACUUCGAGCACUGGACACGUCAACAUGUGCUGGACGUAUCCCGAUGAAUCGUCGUCAAAUGCCCGAAGGAUUGCGUCCGGAUCAGUUGUGUGCCCACAGUGAGACGAUGGACACUUGUGAAGGCGAUUCAGGAGGUCCACUUCAAACGGAGUUGCACGAUGUGUUUGGCAAUGUAUAUCCCCUUUUGGUAGGUGUUGUAUCAUUCGGAACUCCCUGUACAGAAGGCUCGACGGGAGUCUACACAAGAGUCAGCUCGUACUUGGAUUGGAUCGAGAAAGAAGUGAAUCAGUCACUUAGCUAUGAAGAAUGUACUGGAAGAAAGUCAUGCGAACGCGAGCCAAAUCCCUCAAUAUCUGCUGCAAUUAAGCCAAAGUGGCCAGUUAAUCGCGUUGGUCUGUUGUGGGACAAAAAUGAUGCAGAUAUAUUUCAAUGUGGAGGACUUUUAAUCGAUUACCAGUAUGUUCUCACAUCAGCAGAUUGUGUCACGUCCAGUAAGGGUCCUCCAAAGUUCGUAGCAUCGAGCUCAGUUAGUGAUCGAGCCCAUGUUGAGGAUGUGAUUGUUCAUCCCCAAUAUGACCGAGAAAAUUCAUCCUUCGAUAUAGCUCUUGUCAAAAUAAGGGAAUAUGCCAACCUCGAAGAAACACAGCCCAUAUGCCCAUGGAUGAAGAACAACAAAGAUACAAAGGAAAAAAAUGUACCUCUACAGGUGGCAGCAUCAGUUCCUCAAACUCGCUCAAUCCCGGACCAAUUCAAAAACAGCUCACGAAGCUUCAUUCUACAAAUGGUGCAAGAUGAACAAUGUCCGAUUCCUGUGGACACCAUUGGAAGCGAUUUAAUUUGCAUCACUAGAAACAUCACGCUGGUGCCAACAAUUUGUCAGGUUGAUUUCGGAGGACCAGUGUUGAUAGAAGAGGCAAACAAUGUGUAUCGCAUCCGUGGUGUGUUGUCUAGCAGAACACAAGGCUGCGAGAGCAAUGUUAUUUUCACUGAUAUCACAACCCAUUUACAGUGGUUGGAAUCGAUCAUAUUCAAAAAUUUAAAUGAAUGGCUUGUAUUCACCAAUUAGUAUGAGACCAUGAUUAGGUUGUUUGCUAUAUGCAUACAUGUUACUGCCGGAAGCAGUAUGUUUUGGGUGUGUAUGGCGGGAGUUGGACAUUCUUCCUGCACGCAGUGAUUUGCUGUGAGCGGUGGGCUUUGGUUUGUUAGGAUUUUGCGAGAUGUUAAGUCCCACAUUACAGAAGGUAAAGCUUGGGGCACUGUACAAGACGACAUGUGCAGGACGUAUUCCGAUGAACGUGAGUGAGAACACAGUGAGAAGUUGGACACUGGUACAGGCACCGGUUUGCCGGGUUUUUUUUAACAUGAAUGUGUGGUUCUCACGGUUGCUUAAUUUUGAGAGGCUUUGAAAUUUAAUGGCAUCAUUCACCUCUAAUUCAAGGCCUGCGCGACUAACUUAGUUCUUUACAGCCCCCUCCUAGGGUGCCACAAACGUUUUUCAUUCAUGAUCAUGAAUGUUUUGACUUUCAACAUAAAUGUUUUAUGAGAAACAACACUUAGCGGGGUUAAACGGCUGAUUCGAUUACAAUCUUAUGAUUACUGUACCAUCAGUACGGUCGAUCAAAUUACACGUGGAUAAAUGGCUUAAUUUCCUUAA